ACACGGGGUGCUAAGGAAACCUCUAAAGCGUCCUCCCGGGCGGAAAGCGGGAGGCGGGGUGGACCUCGGCUCAUCUUCGGGACGUCGGUUCAGUUGGGAUGGCGCAUCUUCUGUUCAAACGCCAGAAUUUGCCUUGCGGUGGAGAGGACUGCCAAGUUGGACGAACUUUCCCGAGGGCCCUGAGCGGGCUCGGUAGAAAGCCAGACCUGGAGGAGGGCGAGGAGGACCGGGCAGAAACGUAUAGCCCAGCUUUGACUAAAGAUGACAUCUUUGUUUGCUCAAGAAAUUCACCUCUCUAAAAGACAUGAAGAAAUAGUAUCACAAAGAUUAAUGUUACUUCAGAAAAUGAAGAAUAAAUUUGGAGAUGAAAACAUGGAAAAGGCAUCUCACCUACAAACAGCUGAGAGUGCUUUUAAAAGGAAUCUUAGUCUUUUGCAGGACAUAGAAGCAGCUGAAAAGUCUUUUCAGACCAGGAUUAAACCACACCCACAGCCUGAGGUGUUUUCUCUUGAGACUUGUUACUGGGCAUCAGUAAAAGAAUAUAUUCCCAAAUGGGAACGGUUUCUUUCUGGAGGAGCACCUGAUCCGAUUGGUGGUGAAAAUCAAAAUGAAGCAGAAAGCACCAUUCAAAGCAAGGCAAAGUGAUAACUUCUUCGUAUGCUAUUUCAGAAAACCUAUUUAACGAAACUAUGUAAGUACUGGCAGGAACUUUAGGGAAUGAACAUGUUUUCUACCAUUUCAUUACCUCCUAAAUGACAAUGUAGCCAUGAGAAUUCACUGAGAAGCCUCAAGUUAUGCUAUUUCAAUGUCAUGAAUUUGCUUUUCACUAAAUCCAUGAAAGUAUUAAAAACUAGUGUUAAAGGUGGAAUGUUUAUUAA